AUGGCGCGCAUUGGAAGAGGCCUAUAUCCAGUAGUAGACUACGAUAAGCUGUUGAUGAACGUUGAAAAAUUUGAGGGGAUAUGGUACGAAGUACAAAGAAACAGUGACCUCCUACUCGAUGGAGACUGUGGAUCAAUACACAUACAAAGUGUUAAUGAAUCUUUUUAUUUCACCAAUGACGUAGUGAAUGACAAUUUCGCUGAUUCUAUAACUGGCACCGUCACACAAGAAAAUACAACUGCUAAAUUAACUUUGAGGUGGAACGACGAUGACAAUGCGAUUGAUUUUUGGAUUAUAACAACCAACUACAUAGGUCACGCCGUGGCUUACAGUUGUCAGAACAUUAAUAAUAACGUAACAUCAAAUCAAAGACUUGUAUCCGUGUGGGGUUUGACGCGAGGCAACGUAGCAACAGACGGGCAAAUUGUUCUGAUAAACAAUACUCUUGGAAGUGCGCUGAACCUAACAAUUCAAGAUCUAGAAGCCCCCGAUCAUAGCGAUGAUGCAUGUUAUGCUCUACCAGUAAUUGAAACAGGACGUCCUAUUAUUCUACCAGGAAAUUGUGAUCCUAAUAUUCCUGUUCAACAACAAUUUUCAGCAAGCGAGUUCCUUGGCACAUGGCACGAAAUUUCAAGCUACUAUUCCGAAAGUGCGACAGGUAAAUGCCCAAGAGCAGAAUAUUCCGACGGUGGGGAUCGAGUGCUCGUCUUGAACAGUCAGGUGAUCAACCAGACCUUAGACACCACCGCUGGAUAUGCUGUCGUUAAUAGCAGUGACAAUAGUGCUAGAUUACUUGUGACUUUGGAAAUAUCUGAUGUUCCACAAGAAUUGCUGAUCAUCUCCACAGACUACUCCAGCUUUGCGAUUUCGUAUAGUUGCAUCGAUCUACCAGAUAACCAAAAACGAGUGUACAGUUGGAUUCUCAGCCGAACACGUCAAUUGCCACCAUCUGCCCAAAUAGAAGUGAACCGAGUUAUCAACUCUAUACUUUAUUUGAACAACGCCUACUACGAACAAGCUGAUCAGACUGACGAUGGAUGCUUUUACUUCCCUGAACCUUCACCUGAUGAAGUCGUUGAGUUCCGUAACCAGUGCGAUGAGACUAUACCCGUUGUGUCAAAUUUUGAUAUUGCAGCGUACCUGGGUCUUUGGCACGACAUCGAGUCUUAUCCGUCUGGGUUCCAAGAGGGUCAAUGCCAUAACGCGUUGUACACCUUGCGUGGCGACGUUGUGGACGUGUUCAACACCCAAGUCAUCAAUCAGAAUUUAGAUACCAUACGUGGUACAGCAGUACCUAUCAGCGGUGAUGGUAGUGGCAAACUUCUUGUCACUUUCCCUAUUGCUGGAACUAACGCGUCGGCAGAAAUGGAAUACUGGGUGCUUUCAACGGAUUACACAUCAUAUUCAUUGGUUUAUUCGUGCACUUACAAUCCUGAGACUGAUACAAGACGAGUUUUCAGUUGGAAGUUGAGUAGGACUAAAGAACUGAGCAGUACAGCAAACCAGGAAAUAAAUAACGUAAUGAGCGGUAUUCCUGUCCUCGACCAGCAAUACUACAUUAACAGGGAUCAGAGUCCAGAAGGUUGCUUCUAUUAUCCCGAACCCGAAUCAGGUGUUACUGUUAUAUUCCCAGGACAAUGUAAUACCACAAUCCCUGUUGUUGAAGAUUUUAACUUGGCCAACUUCAACGGCACAUGGUACGAAAUCCAAUCUUACCCGAAAGAAUUUCUACCUGGUCAUUGUGUAAGACACGAAUCCACGCAAUCUGGAAAUACUUUGAUAUUGCAAUCCUUUGCUGUUGCGGAUCAAUUCCUGGAAGAAAUAAGCAGCGAAGUUACGUCUACCGAUAACAGUGGACGUUUAACUAUAACGGUCAAUAAAGAUGGGGAAUCUACAACUAUGCCUUUCUGGAUCCUAGCGACAGAUUACAACGACUACGCUUUGGCUUACAGUUGUGUGAACAUAAACAGCGAUUUUAGAAGAAUCCACAGCUGGAAACUUAGCAGAACACAAUCGUUAACUGCACCAGCUGCAGCAACGAUCGACAAUUUCAUCGCAAACGCCGGUAUCGAAGUUUUAAAUAACAACUAUUUCGAAAACAUCGACCAUAACGACAACGCCUGUUUCUAUCUACCAGAACUAGCUCCAGGAGAGCCGGUGAUUCUUGUUGGGCAGUGUGAUCUUAACAUCAACGUGGUGCAGAAUUUCCAACCUAGUAGGUAUGAAGGGCUCUGGCAUCUUAUUGAAACAUAUCCAUCAGGGUUUCAAUCAGGAGACUGCAAUGAUGCCACUUAUACAGUUCAGAGUGAUGGUACUGUCCUAGUGUUCAAUACGCAAGUUAUAGACCAAUCUUUGGACACCAUUACUGGAUCUGCAGUACUCGCAAGCAAUGAUAGUAGCGCAAAGUUGAAGGUUACGUUCCCGACUGCCGAUCAAGACUCUGACUACUGGGUUCUGGAUACCGACUACGACUCCUACUCUUUUGUCUACAGCUGCUUAAAUUUGCCUAAUAAUAGGAGACAAGUGUGGAGUUGGAAGUUGAGCCGUACCAGGUCGUUAUCUGCAAAUGCAACCAGCGCUAUAGACCAAAUCAUAGAUUCGAUCCAAGUUCUAAACAACCGUUUCUUCGAAACCGUUAACAACUCUGACGAUGCUUGUUUCUAUUAUCCUGAGGCAAAUGGACAACCUGUCGUCUUCCGUGGUAUUUGCGACCAGAAUAUUCCGGUGGUUACCGGCUUCGAUGCAGAAUGGUACAUGGGUGUGUGGUACGACAUUGAAAGCUACCCACAGUUCUUCCAAGACGGAACGUGCUCGACAGCUGCAUACGGCCUAAUUGACGAAGGAGUUAAUGUUUUUAAUACGCAAGUGAUCAACCAAACCUUAGAUUCGAUUAUAGGACUUGCUGUCCCUGUGCCUUCAGACAUUGGUGAAGCCAAGUUAACUGUUACGUUUCCUGUGGCUGGAACCAACCAAACUAUAAACUCGCCAUAUUGGGUAUUAGCUACGGAUUACAUAAACUAUGCGUUGGUAUAUUCAUGUCAAAAUAUACCCGUUACUACUGAUCAACCCAUGCGUAGCGUAACCAGCUGGAAACUUAGCCGGGAAAGAACUCUGUCUAAUGCCUCUGCAGAAGCGAUCAACAAUGUCAUCAACACUAUUCCAGUUUUAAGUCAAAACUAUUACGAAUUACGAGGACACACUGACGAAGACUGUUUUUACUUCCCCGAGCCCGUAGUUGGAAAACCUGUGGUGUUUCCCGGUCAAUGUAAUAACAACAAAACAGCCGUUCCCGAUUUCGACCUGAAUAGAUUCAGCGGUGUCUGGCACGAAAUCGAGUCCUAUCCAUCAGAUCAGCAACGAGGUCAAUGCAUCAACAACGAUUUCAAUGCAACUUCGCCUAGUUCCAUGAGUUUGGUCCGCAAUGAGGUCUAUAACCAACGCCUGGAUAUUGUCUUAGGAUCUGCUAACGUUAUUUCUACUGAUGGUAGUGCUAGACUCAACAUUAUAAUUAAUUCUGAAGAUUCGGUAAUAGAAAUUCCGUACUGGAUUCUUGACACUGACUACGAAAACUAUGCUUUAGCGUAUAGUUGUGUUAACAUUAACUCUACGUUUAGAGGAGUAUGGAGUUGGAAACUCAGCAGAGAAAAGCAAUUGUCAGCAAGUUCAAAUACGGCAAUAAAUGCUGCCAUAGCUAACAUAGACAUACUUGAUCAGAAGUACUACGAACCAGUCUUGCAGACUGAUGCCGCUUGUUUCUACUAUCCUGAAUUGAGACCCAAUGAACCAGUUACCUUUAUAGGACAAUGCGAUCAGAGUAUUGCUGUUGUUGAGAACUUUAACGCUGCCGAGUUUGCUGGUCGCUGGUUCGAUAUAGAGAGCUACUUUGACGACUUCCUAGGUGACUGCAAAGACAGCACGUUCACUCUAAGCGGAAAUGACACAUUUGACAUAAAAUUGACUCAGGUCGUUAAUGACAAAUUGGACGUCACCCUUAGUAGGGCUGUGAUGGCAAUCGACAACAGCGGCAAACUGACUGUUACUACGAACGGAGUUGAAUACGAAUACUGGAUUUUAGAAACAGACUAUACUAACUUUGCUCUACUUUACUCAUGUCAAGACAUGUCGGAGAAUAGACGCCGGAUAAGAAGUUGGAAAAUGAGCAGAACAAGACAACUGUCUGACAAUGCAACCAUAGCAAUCAACAGUAUCAUAAACUUGAUCGACGUAUUGGAUGCUCAAUAUUACAAUUCAAGAGAUCAUGGUGCACAAGCUUGCUUCUACUAUCCAGAACCAAAACCUAAAGAACCUGUAAUAUUUAGAGGACGUUGUGAUGAUAAUAUAAAUGUAGUUACGGAUUUUGACGUUGGUCGGUAUCUGGAUGUCUGGUACGAUAUAGAGAGCUAUCCAGCAGAAUUCCAAGAGGGUACCUGUGGUAAAGCUGAAUAUAAGCUUGGUCCAUCAGACACUGUUGAUGUGACCAACACUCAAGUAGUCGCGCAAAGAUUAGACAUUAUCAAAGGUACUGCAGUUGUAGUAUCUCCUGAUGGUUCUGCCAAAUUGAACGUUACUUUCCCUAUAAGAGGAACGGAUGACACGAUUACGUCGCCAUACUGGGUACUUGCCACCGACUAUGAAAACUUUGCUUUAGUAUACUCCUGCUAUGAAAUCGACGAAGAAUAUAAAAGAGUGAACAGUUGGAAGCUAAGUCGACAACAGGCAGGUUUAACAAAUGAAUCAAACACGAUAAUUAACGACGUUAUUAACUCAGUGCCAGUUUUGCGACAGGAGUAUUAUCAGCCUAUGUCUCAAACUCCUGACGAUUGUUUCUUUUAUCCUCCACUCACCGAUGGAAAGGUCUACUUGCAAGGACAGUGUCCUGAUAAAGAAGGUGUUGAGACUGUUCGCAACUUCAAUAGUGAAGCGUUCUCAGGCACGUGGCACGAAGUCUCCCGAUUCCCAUCGGAGCUCCGACAGGGCACGUGCGCUACCAAAAGCCUCGAUUCCACUGCCACCGUUUUCUCCUUUACUACAUCUAUGGUCGUCAACGAAGAAUUGGUAUCAAUAUCAGUACCAGCAACGCUAUCAAAUGAUGGACGCAGCAUCAUUAGUACUAGCUUACAAAGCGAAGAGGGCGAGUCCGUGUCUAUGGACUUGUACGUGCUAGCAACUGACUACACCGAAUUCGCUUUACUGUAUAGCUGCCGAUAUGUUGAUAAUGAAACCAAACAAAUCAAUAGUUGGCAGCUCAGCCGGUCUCGAGAAGGUCUAAGCGAAGGAAAUACCGCCGCAAUUGACGCCAUCGUGUCGAACAAUGACGAUCUCUUCGAAGAUUAUUACGAAGUUAUGAACCAGACCAGUGAUGGCUGCUUCUAUUAUCCUGAUUUUAAUGAGCUUCCUGAGGAGAUUCGCCUUCCAGGGCCAUGUGAUAAUAGAAUAACCGCUAUGCCUGAUUUCAAUGCUGCAGCUUACGUAGGAAGAUGGUUCGAAAUAGAACGUUACCCGGUACCCGAACAGACUGGAUCUUGCAAUCGAGUGGAAUACAGCGACGAAGAGGGAAUAAGAAGUGUGCACCACAAUGAGGUGGUCAAUCGGACUCUACAGACCCAGUUUGGUACAGCUAUCCUUGCUAACGAUGGCAGUGGAUUGUUUACUGUUGAUUACGUUGUUAGUGGAGGAACCCGACAAGUGAACUACUAUGUGUUGCAGACAGACUAUGAGAACUAUUCUCUAGUCUAUAGCUGUCGUGACGUUAACAAUGGUGACCGUCAAGAGCGUAUAGUGUCAAGUUGGAAACUCAGCAGAACCCGAGAACUCAGUAAUGCAUCGAAUACAGCAAUGGAUGACGUCAUAGCAAAUACACAAGGCCUUAUACAGAGAUACUACAUAAAGACCAGUCAAACGGAUGAAGACUGCUUCUAUGUACCUGAGCUCGAUGAAACACAACCUAUGAUCUUCAGAGGACAGUGUGAUGAAAAUGUCGCCGGUGUGCAAGGAUUUGUUAUGGAGCAGUUCGUGGGCUGGUGGCAUGAAAUCGAAAGCUACCCAACUGAGGAAGAUGGGACGUGCCGCAACUCUCGUUACACUGGAUCCGGGUCCCAGUUCCAAGUUGUCGACACCGUUGUGAAAGGUCUGGACGCUGAGCUCAACACUUAUGCUGUUACUGCUACGACGAAUGGACAACUGAUACGAACAUCUAAUGAUGUUGACGAAACCUGGAUCGUUCUCGCAACUGACUAUGAGAACUAUGCUCUUCUGUAUUAUUGUGAAAAUAUAGAUUCAGAACACAGACGUGUGUGGAGUGCAAAACAUAGCAGAACUCAGCAACUAACUGAAGAAGCACAAAACUCGUUGGCGCCAAUUAUCGCAGCGAACCCAGUCCUGUACCCACAAUUUUACCUGAAGGCCGAUCAGAGCGAGGAAGCUUGCUUCUACUACCCCCCUGCAGACGGGCGAUCUGUUACUCUUAGAGGACAGUGCGAUAAUAAUAUCCCUGUUGUGACAGAUUUUCAAGUUGACGAUUAUAGCGGAACUUGGUAUCAAACGGAAAGAUACCCCCAACAAUGGGAGACAGGUAAUUGCACAGGUGCGCGGUACACAGUGAACAACGCAGAGGACAGGAUAGACGUAGUCAACUGGCAAGUUGUCGAUGGUGAACUGGAUGUGAUUAGAGGGCACGCAACUGCGAUACCAUCGGAGAACAACGAGGCAAAACUUAUUGUAGAACUACCUUCAAGGAUACCUGAUGAUAACGGCACGGUCUCUUCGUCUCUCUACGUAUUAGCAACAGACUAUGCCUCGUAUUCACUUGCAUUUACCUGCCACAACGUGAACGACUUCGAACAACGCAUUUAUGUGUGGAAACUGAGUCGAACAAGAACCAUGCCAGCUGCCGGCACUACAGCAAUAAACCAAUACAUGGCUACCCGACGAGAAUUGGACCAACGAUACUUCGAAGAUGUCUUCCAGGACGAAGAUUGUCCCGACUCUAGCUUCCUAGUAAAGAGCAGCUUUAUUGUUAUAUUAGUUUGUGGUAUCUUACAGCUACUUUUGUAAAUAUUAGGUUCGAUUUACUCUAGUAUUAUGUAAUGAACAUAAUUUAUUUUUAAGUGCAUUGUAAAUAAAUUGGC